CUCUCGCACUCGUUCCCCAAGCCGCCUCGACCUCGCUCAUGUCUACCGUCGCACAGCCCUUUCAGCCGCACUUGGCUCGUCUCCCCUCGCCCUGCGCCAGCUGCACCUGCUCGACAUCGGGCUGCCCUCGCCUGGGGUCCGUCGAGCCGACUGUCAGCAACGCCGACGUCCAGAUUACGCUCGCGCAGGUCGAGCGCGGCGAGGACCUGCAGAGCUGGAGCGAGAGCGAGCGCAGCGACCUCGAGCGCGAGAUUGUCGCCGCAUGGGAGAAGGAGGCGUGGUGAAGCAGCCCUCGUCGUCGCAAGCCGCUCGUCGCAGCUGUAGAUAGAUCUCUCGCCUCGUGCAACGCUUUAGUUCUCCCUAGUUC